AUGGGUUGUGCUGGUAUGAGAUUCGGUAGAAAUGUUCCAAGAAAUCAUACCACGCCGCCCACUCAGCAGGAACUUAUUACUCCAAACCCCAGAGUUAUUUCGUUAAAGACUCUUGCUAGACCUGGAGGCCAAUUCAAACCCGCUGAAAUCGUAAAUCUCCUCGCCGCAGCAUGGAUCCAGUUCCAAGUUCACGAUUGGGCACAGCACUCCCUUGUCACCAACGGCGACAAAGACGUUGAGCUUUCUCUAGACAAAGCCGGCAGAUGGUCAGAGCGCAUCAUGAAGAUCCCCCGAACAAAGAAAGACGACCCUCUUUCACAACAAGAUAUCGAAACGCCGGCUUAUACUAACGAGUGCACCCAUUGGUGGGACGCUUCUCAGAUCUACGGAUCCACUGAAGCCGAGACCAAAGCUCUCCGAGCGCAGUGUGAUAAGUCAUAUCCCGGUCAACUUCAUGUUACGCGUGAAGAUGGAGUGCAGUUCCUCCCUCGAUCGGAUGAUGGUAUUCCCAAGACUGGGUUCAGACAGAACUGGUGGUUGGGACUCGAACUUCUUCAUACUUUGUUUGCGCUUGAGCAUAACGCUAUCGCUACACAGCUUCAUCUUUCAAAUCCCAGCUGGUCGAGUGAUCAGAUCUUUGAUACCGCGCGACUUAUCAAUUGUGCUCUUAUGGCCAAGAUUCAUACUGUUGAGUGGACACCUGGUAUUCUGCAGCACCCGGCGCUACAGAUUGGGAUGAAUGCGAACUGGUGGGGGCUUUUGGGCGACAAGCUUUGGCAUGUCUUUGGGCGUGUCUUUGACAACAAAUCAGAAGUCAUUUCUGGUAUUCCCGGAUCAGGCGUUGAUCACGACAUCGUGCCAUACUGUCUCACAGAAGAAUUCGUCUCAGUCUACCGUCUCCAUCCUCUCAUCCCCGACAAUGUGGCAUUCUUCAGUAUCAAGGAUGGUCAACACAAGGGAACACUUCCUAUCAAAGAGGUUGCCUUUAAAUCAGCCCGCAAGCCUUUCGAUGAGGACAAAUCAGGCUUGGGCCUCUCAUUCGCUGAUGUCUUUUACUCUUUCGGCGUCAAUUACCCAGGUGCCAUCCGAGCCCACAACAUGCCCAAUUUCCUACGCGACUUGAAUAUCCCAGGCGACAAAGACUUUCCUCACGGUCGACACUUGGACUUGGGAACCAUUGACAUCCUUCGCGAUCGUGAGCGCGGCGUUCCUCGCUACAACGCUUUCAGACGCCUAUUUCACAUGGCGCCCACAAAGAGCUUCAUUGACCUCACAGGUGGUGAUUCCAAGUUGGCUGGUGAGUUGGAAGAAGUCUACAAUGGCGAUCUCGAAGCCGUGGAUCUUCUGGUCGGUACGCUCAGCGAGCCUCUGCCCAAGGGCUUUGGCUUCAGCGACACUGCCUUCCGCGUGUUCAUCCUCAUGGCCACUCGUCGCAUCAAGUCUGAUCGGUUCCUGGCUGGUGAUGGUUGGUGUCCUGAGGUGUAUACUCGCGAGGGCAUUAAUUGGGUGCAGAAUAACACGAUGAAGGAUGUUUUGUGUCGACACUUUCCUGAACUUGCUGCAACGUUGCAUAAUGCUUUCGCUCCUUGGACCAAGAUUGGUCAGACUGAGGCCUACGCGGGUCCAGAGACUAGCAAGGCAAAGAACUGA